UGAGAUUUUGCCAUCUAGAUUUAGAUGCAUAUUACGUGAUAAAGACGAUCGAUGUGAUCGUCCGCGUGUCCUGUUCACACGUUUAAGAUAAAUUUAUCGUCACGACCACGCGACAAUGACGGACGGAACCGGGAACGAGGAUUCUGCAGUUUUUAAUUCUAUAUCCGAUCCAGGUAAGGCAAAUGCUGCUUCAGCAGGUCCUGUAGUUCUAUAUUCAACUGCACAAGCAUGGCGAGCUCAAUUCUAUCGCAGUCUGACACGUACCAGUUACUCGGAAUCGUCGGACGAAGAGGAAGAUCUGUCUCAAUAUCAAUUCGAAGAUGAUCUCGAAUAUCUUAGAUCUCUUGAUCCAAGAGACUGGAAGGAUCAGGACCAUUACGCUGUUCUAGGCUUGAAAAAUCUUAGGCAUAGAGCAACAGAGGAUAUUAUUAAAAGAGCUUAUAAACAAAAAAUAUUAAAACAUCAUCCCGAUAAACGGAAGGCAAUGGGUGAAGAAAUUCGACCAGAUGACGAUUACUUUACAUGUAUAACUCGCGCCUGGGAGACCCUUGGAAGUCAAGCAAAGAGACGAAGUUACGACAGUGUAGAUCCCUACUUUAACGACAAUUUACCAGAUGAGAAAGACUGUCGAAACAAUUUCUACCAAGUACUGGGUAAAGCCUUCAAAGAGAACUCACGAUGGUCCGUAAAGAAGCCGGUACCGCAUUUGGGUGGACCAUUUAUGCAGCGAGAAAAAGUAGAGGAAUUCUACUCGUUUUGGUACGACUUUGAUUCCUGGCGUGAAUACUCGUAUCUCGAUGAAGAAGACAAAGAAAGUGGUCAAGAUCGGGACAUGCGCAAAUGGAUUGAGAAGAAGAACAAAGCUACGAGAGCUAAACGAAAAAAAGAAGAGAUGACGCGAAUACGAACUUUAGUGGAUAUGGCUUACAAUAUAGAUCCUAGAAUAAAGAAGUUCCAGCAAGAAGAUAAGGAUAAAAAGAACGCCGCAAAGAGAGCGAAGCAGGAAGCGGCAAAAGCCAGACAGCAGGAGGAAGAGAGAAUAGCCCGAGAUGCGGCGGAAAAGGAAAGAUUGGAGAAGGAAAAGAAGGAAUCUGAAGAAAGAGCAAGACAGGAAGCGCUAAAACAGGAACGCGAGAUGCAAAAAAAGGCAUUACGCAAGGAAAGAAAAGCGCUCAGAGAUUUCUGCAAAGCAAACAAUUAUUUUGCUCAGAAUUCAGCAGAGAGUCUCCGGCAUAUGGAAAGCGUAGAGAAAAUUUGCGAGCUGUUUAAGCUAGUACAGCUGGAGGAAGCGAUGAAGAAAUUGCAGACCGACGGUAGGAACGCGUUUCUAUGUAUCAUUGAAGAAGCAGAAAGGAGAAUUGAGGCUGAGCGCCGUGUAAAUGUGAUUAAUAACGAUGCAAAAAACAUACCCGAGAAACAGACCAAAACUUGCACCGCACCCUGGAGCGAGAACGACUUGCAACUUUUGAUAAAAGCGGUCAAUCUGUUUCCUGCCGGGACCAAUCAACGUUGGGAAGUGGUUGCGAAUUUCAUUAAUCAACACAGCGGUUCUACUACCGGAGUUACACGCGACGCCAAGGAAGUCCUGGCGAAGGCCAAGAGUCUGCAAUCGACCGACUUCAGCAAAUCGAGUUUGAAAGAGCAAGCCAAUAAAAAGGCCUUCGACAAUUUCAUUGCCGAGAAGAAGAGCAAGGAUGCGGUCGAGGAAAGAAUGCCAGCUGUUACGGAACGCUUGGAUCAUCCAAUCUCGAAUGGCGUCGCUGCUGAACCUAAAGAGGCAAAAAAAGAAUCAACGCCAUGGACACCGGGCGAACAAAAACUUCUUGAGCAAGCUCUGAAAACCUAUCCCACCACAGUCUCGGACAGAUGGGAUCAGAUCGCUGCAUGUAUACCGACUAGGACGAAAAAGGAAUGCAUGAGAAGAUACAAGGAAUUGGUGGAGCUUGUGAAAGCGAAAAAGGCAGCGCAAGUAGCGAAAUAAUAUUAAUUGCACGCUAAGCUCGAAAUUUUUCUCUAACUUAUUGAACUCUAGUUAAACAAGCAAUUUCGAUUAAGCGGCGAUUAAGUCGUUCCUCAAGAUAAGGAGGGAUUUCCGAGAAUUGUAAUCGAAAUUUAAGACUGGACGAUGAGAACCUUAGCUUACUCAUUGAAUACCAGUUCGCGUGUAUACCUGUGCCUUGCUACAGCCGAUACGUGCAUGUGCCGAUAGCUGCACGGCAUACACAGAAAUUUGACAUGUUUUGUUGGAUGAAUUCUGCAGCACGUUUUAAUUCCUACGCGCUGAACUUGUAACGUACCUUUGACAAAUCGUGCUGCUGCUGUCAAUCAUUUUAUUUCCAUGGAUAUAACUUAUGACUUGGGAGGAUCUCUUGUGUACAGCUUCCAUUUUGCAAUAUAAAUCUUCGUGAGCGAUCUAUACUUCGUGUUGUAAGUACUGUAAAAUAAAGAGAAACUGAUACAA